AGAGAGCGAGAGAAAUCAGGCGAGCGGAGUCACGAAGAAGCCCGCAGGAGGAUGCGCUGUUAGCUAAAGAAGCUCAAUAAAUAAACUAAUUUAUCCGCCGCUGACAGCGUCAACAUGAAGCUGUAUUGUCUCUCUGGUCAUCCGACGUUGCCCUGCAAUGUCCUCAAGUUCAAAUCCACCACCAUCAUGCUGGACUGUGGGCUGGACACCACCUCCGUCCUCAACUUCCUGCCCCUUCCUCUCGUGCACAGUCCACGACUCUCCAAACUGUCUGGCUGGGUCUCUAAGGACGGAUCAAUAAACUUGGAGAAGGAGCUGAAGGAGUGUGCAGGACGAGUGUUUGUGGACUCGCAGCCAGAGUUUUGUCUCCCUGAGAGAGAACUGCUGGAUCUGUCCACCAUCGAUGUCAUCCUCAUCUCAAACUACCACUGUAUGAUGGCGCUGCCGUACAUCACCGAACACACCGGCUUCACGGGGACCGUGUACGCCACCGAGCCCACCCUGCAGAUCGGCAGACUGUUGAUGGAGGAACUGGUGAACUUCAUGGAGAGAGUUCCCAAAGCGCAGUCUGCCACCUGCUGGAAAAAUAAAGAAAUACAAAGGAUGCUGCCUGUGCCGCUGAAGGACGCGGUGGACGUGUGGACGUGGAAACGAAGCUACAGCAUGCAGGAGGUCAACUCUGCUCUCAGCAAAGUGCAGCUCGUCGGUUAUUCACAGAAAGUGGAGUUGUUUGGAGCGGUGCAGAUCUCCCCGCUGAGCUCCGGUUAUUCUCUGGGAAGCUCCAACUGGAUCAUUCAGUCUCAUCACGAGAAAGUUUCCUACGUGUCGGGUUCAUCCCUCCUCACCACACAUCCACAG